UAGUAAUUCGGAGCAGUGCCUCAGCGAGUGGGCACGUGAGGCAGGAGGAUGAGAGAGAGAGAGAGGAAGGAAGGGCUCCCGGUGGCGGCUCUGCACUGGAUCCGCCGAGCUCGGCCCCGGCUGCUCCGCUUCUGGAGCCCUGAAUUAUUACAGCUGGCGUAGCGUGAAGGCGCUUUGAAAUGUGCGGGACUGAAGUGCGGCCGAGCGGCGCCGAGCACCCCCUCCAGCAGCACCAGUGGCAGCAGUAGAAGAAGAGCGGGCGCUCUGGAGCGCAGUUGGAGGACCGACGACGCAUAUAAACAACGCCGGGCUCGGGAGCGGUCGCUAGUGUGGAGCUGCUCCCCGUCUGGCGGCCGGUCGCGUGCGGGGGGCUCGCGGAGCUGCCGGUGAGCGAGCGGAGGCGCCGUCGCCGGUGCCGCUGUCCGAGGUGCUGAACGGCCGCACGCCGAGGAGCCCGCCUUUGUUCGCGUCGUUGCCAGGCGAGGCGACGCGCACGAGCCGCCGCGGACGCCGUGCGGCUCGACACGGGGCGCAGCGCCCCGGCGGCGAACGCGGCGCCCCCCGGCCAGAGUAAAUGGGACCGCACGUCGUCCGAGCGGUCGAAAUAUGGAGAGAUUUGUCCUGCUCGUUCUCGGCUGCCUCGGCGUCCCUCGAGUCACAGCGGAUAGCCUGUCUCCGCCCGUCAAUGUGACCAUCAGAGCCCUGAAGGCCAACUCUGCCGUGGUGACAUGGGACAUCCCAGAGGGGGACUCCGUCAUCGGUUUCGCCAUCACACAGCAGAAAAAAGACGUGCGCAUGCUGCGAUUCAUCCAGGAGGUCAACACGACCACACGCUCCUGUGCAUUAUGGGACCUGGAGGAAGAGACCGACUACAUUGUGCACGUCCAGUCCAUCAGCAUGUCUGGGACGAGCCCGCUGAGCGAAGCCAUGCGCUUUCGAACGCCCAAAGAGGCCGAGACUCAGGCUUCUAAGAGUAAAGACGAGGUGACGAUGGAGGAGGUGGGUCAGAGCACGCAGCUGAGGGCCGGGGAGCUCAUCAUCAUCGUGGUGGUCCUGAUCAUGUGGGCAGGUGUGAUCGCGCUCUUUUGUCGCCAGUACGACAUCAUCAAAGACAAUGAGCCCAACAACAACAAGGACAAGGCCAAAAACUCCUCGGAGUGCAGCACGCCCGAACACCCCACGGGUGGGCUGCUGCGCAGUAAGUUCGACGACAACAGGACGCCAUCUGUCAACAUCAUCGAGGUGUGACCGCCGGGACGUCGUCUUCUUGACCCAAAAGACUUUUGUGGUCUCACAGAGGACGGAGCCCGUCUUAGGCCCAUCUGCUCAGACGAUGAGGCUGGGACUCCGGGGCCCUGAGGCGGCGCCCGCUCUGGGCCGGGCCGGCCCGGCGCCGGUCUGAGGAGAGGGACCGGCGGCUGUUCUCAACCAGAGGGGGCACCGGCGCUUGUGCUCAAGCGGCACCGGCAGAUCAUCUCAACCCCAGGGACCAAAGCUGAGACGGAGGCAGAGAGCUUCUACUUUCUGCUCCUCCGUCGCUCUUCUUCUCUUUCCCAUAUUUUAGUGGCCUCCCAGUGUCCACACUGAACUCUCCUGUAUCUGGGCAUCCACUUUGUCAAUGUCACCCCUUCAACUGUCUUCACUCAACUGUUUUAUAGAGUCCUGUAUUAUCUAGAUGAUUAAGCAAUGUCACUGUAGUGCUACCACUUUAACAUUUAACCUCAAAACCGUCUUACAAUUCCAGUAUUUGUUAUUAUUUCUAUUCCUAGUGGGCAGAAACUCCUCUCUGUCCCAUAGGAGGUGUUUUCAAUUUUGGAGAUAUAUAUAUAUAUAUACGCAUACAAAGGGAUGUGGUGCCCUCAAGUUUGCCAUUCUUUUACUUUUUCCUUGUUUUUAUUCUACAUUUCUAAAAUGUGACAUUCCACAACCAGAUUGAGACCUUUAGUAUCUCUUUGUGUCUUUCUCUCUGAGGUUCAUGAAUUUUAUUACGCUGGAAUAAAGACCCGCCAUAACGGAGUGAAUUGAUCUUCUUAGAGAACAAUGGGGCCGAACUCUGCGCCCACGGCGACUAACGAGACCCCUUAACUCAGCAAUAACUACCUCCACUACCUAGUGGAGUGCAGAAGCGAGGACUCGAACUCCGUAGCCACUUUGAGCAAAACCCGACCCCCAGCAUGCAACGUACAGGCAGAUUAACAGGCUGCACGGACAGUUUGGGGGAAUUAAUCGGGAGCCUGCUUUCCAGACGAUCCCGCUCUUGAACUUCCUGAGAGCUGCUGUAAAAACCUUGUUUUCCAAUAAUGAGCAUGGGGGAAAAAAAUCAAACACCUUUUAAUAGGCCCAACCUUCACCCUCGAGACGUCUCUGUGACGGAUGUCACCAUCCUAGAAGGGCUUAAAUCCUUUUACAUUCAGUUUUAACAUCACAGAGGCUAAAAACCACACAGGAUCAAGUGUUGCCAUAUAAUGUUGUGUAAACCACAAUGGAACGUGUCUGAAGACAGUAAAUGACAUUUGAGGGCUGAUUCAAACUCAGAAGUACUGCCUUAACAUAUAUAUUUUGAUUUCCCUAAUAAGAAAUACAGCCUGUAUUUCACAGUUGUCAUAACCCUUGUUUCCAACUUGUGUUCCAAUGUGUGACUUUACUGAUGGAGACCAGGCAGGGCCUGAACAUGUGGACGACAUGGGUGGAUCUUAACGUGUAUAUAGGCUUUCUAUUUCAUUGUUGUACCGUCGCAGACUUUUUAGUGAAACAUAGACCUACAGUAUAAUUCAAAUCCAGUAAAAUGUAGAUUUUUAUUGUUUUUGCUGAUACGAAGCUGUCAGUUUGUCAAAGCGCUCUUCUUCUGACAUGCAUUCGUCAUUAUACCAUUACGCUGUUUACGCCCAAUAAGCGAUGGCUUGUUUCUCUGGUUCAAAUGGCUGAUAUCCAUUCAGCUGUUGGGAAUCUCAACAGGCAGGAGGGUAAAGAUUUGUUCUGCACCGCCUCAUUGUGCCGUAGCUUCGUACAUGCUGAAGAGAGAGAGCAAUGGUGGGAUGUAACCACUUCUAUUAACAGGAGUAGGAACCUCGAGAAACCUAAAUAAACGCUGAUUCAUAUUAGCGGCAAAAAUUGAUUUAUGUAUUAUAUAUUUUAUUAAAAUCAAUUUAUUAAAAAAAGAGAGAGGACAGAUACACAGAGUCUGUGAUAAACAGGUUUAGCCAUUGCCAGGAUGAAUAUAAAAAUAUGGGACAUAUGUUCUUGAAACUGCUGUAUUACUCAGAGUGAUCAGAUAUUUCUGUAGCUGAAGACUAAAAGCUUGUUUUUCCCCACAGAUCAACGCACCAAUAGCAGCUUAUCGAAUCUAUCUGCAUCCGACCACGACAAUCCUCCUCAGACAAUUUCUUCAAUUUAAACAGGAAUCCCUCUGGAUCUUUACACCCUAUGAGUAAAUAUUAACCCAUGGACAACAGAUUCCACUUCAUGUUCAUUUUCUACUCCAAAUUAGGAUCCACACUGUUGCUAUUGUAAAUACUCAUUUGCAUUACAGGUGUGAAUGAAGGGCUGUAGUGUCCAACUUCACAGUUAAAGACACACUUUGACCAGUUUUCUUUAUCCUAGUUAUGGUACGUACAAAUACAGACACUUAUCUGUACGUCAACAAGUAAGACUGGAAACAUGGUUGUUGUUCCACCUGAAAACGGCCUAGAGGUGAAGUCACAGUAAUAAGCGGCUGUGCAACAUCUGCUCUUACACCAAAGGAAGUGUGACCAAGGCAAACCAAAGCAGGUCGCCGCAGUCCGCUCUUUUAGCCAUAUAUCGAACGAUCAUUAGGAAUUUAAAUUGUUUAUAGACGUAACGACAUCCAUCGUCCACAGAUUGAAAAUCAUUGAACUUGAUUACACUUGGACAAAUGGGGACUAAGAAAUCAACAUUCCACUCGAUCCCUCUAGUGUCUGACUGCUCUUUUAAAACCAGGGUUUUAUUUUUCGAUCAAAGACACAAAAUGUUUUCUCUGUAUGUAUGAAAUGAUGCAUGGAAAAAAUGCUGAGUCACAAUAAUGAACUAUCCUCCAUGUGUGUUAAUAGGCGUGUAGUUUAAAUGAAAACGCACACGCCGGGUGACCGAGUCCAACUAUUAUACUAUGAAUUCAUAAACGUAGGAAUGAUACACACAAAGCAGCAUGGUUUAGAGAAAUGAACCGCUUUGUUAAUGCUAUCAUGUUUCUAAUCAUUGUAUGACGUAUACAGCAGUAAUUGCUUAAUGAGGGCUAGCAUGGUUUAACUAUUAUGCACAAGGUUACACAGCUUCAAAUAUGAAGUCUAUGGUGUAUGUUUACUUGUGUAUGCGUAAAUAAAAGAUAAAUAUUUUCCACAAUGAG